AUUAGUUGGGGCCCUGCUAUCUCUCUGUUCCUACGGGUUUUCGGUUUUUAUGUCCGGUUGGCAGACGCUAUGCCUGCAACAAAUGCGCUAUUUCGUUGCCUUGUUUGCCCCAGAAGAACACCCCUGCCUUUGUUGUCUGGAAUCCUUUCUUAUCUGAAAGAAGGUGGAGACCCUCUUCUUGGGGAGAGGGUCCUUUCCCUGAUUUGCUUUCUUUUCAAGAAACACUCGACACAAAGGUUGGCAAACCUUUGAAGUUUUCAGAGCUCAAGAUAGUUGCUGCUUCAUAUUUGUAAUCCUUGGAUUGCGAAGUUUGCAAUUUUAUUUGGUCAACAAUGACUGAGGAGAAAAUUUAUGCUAUCCCAGAACAUGAUCCUACUCCAAUGAUCCCUGCGAGUGAUUCUUUACUGGUGAUUCAGGAGAGUGAUUCUAUCUCACUGAUCCCAGAGACCUAUUCUGCAUCUGUGGUUCCUGAAAGUGAUACCCCAGUUGUCUUGGAGGGUACUGAGCCCAAAGACGGUCAUGUCCAAAGGUACUCUGCUGGGAAUAUUGGUAUUCCCUACAAAAGUGUAAAGAUUCUUUCCCGUUAUCUUGCAGCUUCAACAGGUUCCUGCCAUGAUUAUUGUAAAUAUGGACAAAGACAAGACCUUGAGACGAAGACAACAAGCAAUUCUAUAUUGGAAACAAUAAUGGAAAGGCAAGGUGAAGGACAGGACAUGGGAAAGGUUCUAACUUUAGGAGAGAGAAAGAAGAAAUUAGCAGUCAAUUAUGUGUCUUCUCGUGGUUCCGGGAUCCAGAAUCCUGAUAUUCCUGUUAUCAGCAAGAAAGAAGUUUCUUCGUCAGGUAAGAAAGACACUGUCCUGUUAAAACAGCGUUCACUACCUGUCAAGGAAGUAGAUACAAGGUCAAGGCCUGUGCUACUAAAAUCACCUAGUCUCCCAAUAAAAGAGCACUUAAGCAGUAAAGAAUAUGGUGAAAUUCAAGAAAACAAAUCAUCGACUAAGAAAGAAACUGUCCUGUUAAAAAAGCGUUCACUACCUGUCAAGGAAGUAGAUGCAAGGUUAAGGCCUAUGCUACCAAAAUCACCUAGUCUCCGAAUAAAAGAGCAUUUAAGUGGUAAAGAAUAUGGUGAAAUCCAAGAAAACAAAGAAAUGGGUACUUCUUUGGUGACUUCAUAUGGAGCUUCAAGUAGUAGAGAACAAACAGAACUCGGAAGAGCUAAUGAAAUGAAGAACUCCGUAUUGGAUGGGAAAAAGGUUUUGGCACAAGCAACUGCUUCUUCUUUGUAUGCCUUGCAUUCUGUUAAGAAGGUUUUCACUCGACCAAUUGCUUCUUUGUCUCCCAAACGUUCUGAAAAGAGAGUUUCAAAUAUGAAUACUGAAAAAUUCAAGAGCCUGAAAGGAGUUUCUCAUUUGAAGGAUCGGAGUAAUGUUGGAAAAGCUGAAUCUGAGCAACCCAGCAAUGAGUCUGUGCCAGAGAAGACUUCGCAUGUAACUGAAUUGAAUACUGAGAAUAAAGCACUGACUCAACACAGUGAUCGUUCUCCAUCACUGUCCUCAUUCCAUAGGGACAAAAACUUGAAACAUGAUCAGAAAAGAAUUUCCCCAGUUCAAUUGUCUCUACCUUUUGCUGGGAAGAUUUUGAGACGCACUCAGUGUGGAAUCCAUGUCAGUCGAUCACCUAAAUUUUCUGAGAGCAAAAGCUUGAGACUCAAUAAAAGGGGAAUUCAUGUUGCUGGUUCAUCCAUUUCUUCUUUGUCAUCCUCCAAGUCUAACCAUGAUGGUACCUUCUCUGAAGAUCCUGAAACUAGCAUCGAUAAUAUAGUGAAUGCAAAAGUGGAACCGAGGAACAAACCUAGAAAUCGUGGAGUAGUUAAAACAAAAGAUACAGAUUCCCCAGCCAGAAAGCUAACUUUUAGGAAAGGAAAGGUACUUGAGCUUCCUCCUGUAAUUAGUUCUCCAAGGAGACUCAAAUUUAGGCGAAGAAACCUCAUUGAUAGCCAAAUUGGGAAAGUUGAGGCUACAGAAAGUACCAUUAAGAACACAGAAAUUUGUGUUGAUGAAGGCGACCCUAAUGUUGGAAAAUCGAAAAGCAAGAAAGUUGUUUUAAAACGCAAAGAUGUUAAAGGACAGAAAGUUGAGCAGAAUUUGUUGAAUGACAUGAUUGAGGAGACGGCAAAUAAGCUUGCUAAGAGCAGGAAGAGUAAGGUCAAGGCAUUGGUUGGUGCUUUUGAAACAGUGAUCUCUCUUCAGGAUCCCAAACCAUUAUCAACAGUUGAUGCAUGUUGAGUUACUGAAGUCUGUACUUGUAUUCAAAUAUAUAUAUCUAUGCUGUAUAUAUACUAAUACAAUCGAGGAAAAGAAAAGGGAAAAUUGGAGUUGACAUGAAUGCAAACUUACAAGGUUUUGUGAAACUGCAUUGGCAAAAUGAUCUGUCUAAGCUCUUUGAAACAAUGAAAGGGCUUUUGUUGUUUGUUCUGUUUUCUUUACUGAAAUGGUAGAGCAUUUGCUCGUUUCAAAUUUA